GCUAGCAGUGAUAGCUCAGAGAGACGCCAUUAGUUGGGUGCAAACCGGGAAUUCACGGCAAUAUAAGAAGAAUUAGCUCGCUGUCAACAUAUAUAUCCACCUGUGUGUUGAUUUAUAUUUAAAACAAUCUAUUCCUCUCAUGCUGUCGAUGCGUUUUCCUUUUGAUUUUUAGCUUCUUUUUUUUUUUUUAGAAGUCGGAAGCUGAUGUGAGCUGCGCAGGACUUCACUUAGCAUUAGCAGCAGGAAGGAGGGAGGAGGUGAAGCUUGUUUUUUUGGAUAUAUAUCUUGUUUAUUAUAAAGUGCCCACGCCAUGGCGGCCGGAGGGGCGGGAGGUAACAGCGGCAGCGGCAACAGAACAUACUCGUUUAAGGUGGUGCUGCUCGGGGAAGGCUGUGUGGGGAAGACGUCGCUGGUGCUGCGAUACUGCGAGAACAAAUUCAACGACAAACACAUCACAACUCUACAGGCGUCCUUCCUCACAAAGAAGCUCAACAUCACAGGGAAAAGAGUGAACCUGGCCAUUUGGGACACAGCAGGUCAGGAGCGUUUUCAUGCGUUAGGUCCCAUCUACUACAGAGACUCCAAUGGAGCCAUACUAGUGUACGACAUUACAGACGAAGACUCCUUUCAGAAGGUGAAGAACUGGGUGAAAGAGUUGAGGAAAAUGUUGGGGAACGAGAUUUGUUUAUGUAUAGUAGGUAAUAAAAUCGAUUUGGACAAAGACAGACAUGUUUCAGUGGAGGAGGCUGAGAGUUAUGCAGAGUCGGUGGGAGCCAAACAUUACCACACAUCAGCCAAACUAAAUAAAGGCAUCGAGGAACUCUUCCUGGAUCUCUGUAAAAGGAUGAUGGAAACCGCUCAGGCCGAGGAGAGGUUGAAGGGCAACGGAGCCAGCCAAUCGGCAUCAAGUAGGCGGGGCGUACAGAUUGUCGACGACGAACCACAAGCCACGCCUGCCGGGGGUUGCUGCUCCUCUGGCUAGCACACACACACACACACACACACACACACACACACACACACACACACACACACACACACACAGUCUCUGUUGGUCCGAUUCAUAAAAACCUAAAAUAUUUCGAGUGUUUCUGCCGUGUUCAUUCAGUGCCGUCUCUGCUGCUAACGAUCACUCCGUAAUCCCUCCAAAAUAAAAUGAACCAACAUGUUUAUGAUUUAUAAAAAAUAAAAUCACAAUUUCAGCACUUUUGACUUCUAUCAUUUCCCUUCAUGAGCAGUGACGGAGUUGAACUGAUAUCACAGCUCAGAUCUGCAGCUGUUUGUUUUGUUUUUCAUACAAAAACGUCACUAAUGAAAAAAGCUGAAAUACUGAAAACGUCAACAGAGAUUUUUUAUUUUUGCUUCUUUUUUUUUUUUUGGUAAAACAUGAAUCCAGACGUACAAACACACAUUGUAUAAAGCUCCAUUAGUUUAGUUAUAGUUCAGUGGAGGUUUUCUGGCUGCAUGUUGUUACUAUAAAGGUUGAUUUCAAACUGCAGCUGGUUGAUUUUCUGAGUUGAGCUAUGAGGAAAGUAAAAGUCCCUAAAAUGAGUUUAUGUACAUCAAGUUAAAGGAUGUUUCCCACUGUUUCGUUUAGGGUCAUCUGUACAGUAUUUAACAUCUGAAAGACUUCUAUACCGAGCAGCUUUCACUCACAGAUAAAAGAUAAAAUCUAAAGUCACAAAUCAGCUGCACAGAAAUCAAACUGGUUAAAGUUGAAUUAAAAGGCUCAUUGUUAAAGAAAGAAUUCAAUUAAGCAACAACUACAGGAAAAAACAAGAAAUAAAAAUCACAACAUCCUGAUUUCUUGUCUAUAAAUUAAAGCUGCAGACAGAGAAAAACAAAUGGAAAUGUUGAUAAUGUUGAAGUUUGAAAGCUCAGAAAAUUAAUCGAGUCUAUAAAAUCUUAUUUGAAGUCAGAAAAUAAUGACUCACAGUCGCCAAGAGUCCGAUAUAACGUCCUCAAAGUGAGUAAUGGAUCAGUUGAUUGACACUUUUAUACAUCAUUGAUUGUUAUUUUCUGAUCAAAAGCUGUCAAUUUGAUUCCAGCUGUUUUUCUUUGUUUAAUAUCUUUGUGUUUUGAACUGUUGUUGAAGACGUCGUCGCCAUCUGAUGUUUUAUAGAUUAAGCAAUUAAUUGAUUAAUCCAAAAAAAUAAUUAAUCUUCAUAUUAAAAAGAGAGAAAAAGCUGCAUUUUUACUUCAAAUAUCAAAAUACAAUUUUAAAUUUAAGAAAACAGCUUAAAGGACUUCCCAAAACAAAAAUAACCUCCUUAUCAAUAUUGUGCAAGUUAAAGAUCCUACACACACACACACACACACACACACACACACACACACACACACACACACACACACACACACUCCUGUUCACCAUGUUUUCCUGGACAGUGAAUAAUAACGUGCAUGUUUGAUUUCUGUAAACAGCUUUGUUUGGUUUACUUUUAAAGAAAAAUGGUAAUUAAAAAAAACUGAACUGCGAUUAUUUAAUAAGUUAUAUUCAUGUGGCAGUGAUGGAAACCUGUACAUGAACAAACAAACAAAUGUUGUCUCUGUACUCUCUAUUGUGUACUUUACUGUUGUUUUUCUCCACCGGGCCUGUACUGCAUUAAUCUCUCUGCUUCUUACUGAAUGAACUCUGAAAAAUGACCACAAAAAAGAAAAACAAACAGAAAAAAGACGUGCUGGACGUUUUAUCUGCCUUUAAGGAAAAAAAAAAAAACUUUGGGGAAAAUCAACACACAGGUGAAAUAAACAAUGUACUGUCCUGUUCUUUAUGGAAUAAUGGAAAAACUAAAAGGUGGUUGAAAAGGAGAAAAAAAAUCAGCACACUUUUUUUGGAAAUGUAAUUUUUUAAACUGCUCGUGUCAAAGUGUUUUGUAAAGAUAAUAGAACAAUUAUAACUAUUUACACAAUC